AAGCCAACUUCUCUUUUAUUUUUUUGUUCAUGGUUGGUUAUGUAAUUUUAAAGGACUGUUCAUACCUGUUUGGCGCGAAAUUCCGCACCGAUCGAAAAUUCUACGGUGACGUCACGAUAAUGGACCAGUAGGACAGUGAGUGAUACUUCACGUCGCUCCCGACGCAGCUUAUGCCUGCGUGAAUGUAUAAUAUGAUUCAAAUCCAUUCAGGCGAAACAAGUCGACCUUGGGACUUCGUCGCUCGUUCGGUCGCUGCGCGACCUGAUGCAUUUAAGCUCGCUUCGAUCACUUUUAAGAACGAAAUUAUGAGAGGUCGACUUGUUACAAGUCCAGUACUUAACUUGGACGUUCAUUGUCGUGUUAACGGAAGCAUGAUCAUAUAAGUUUUCUUAAACCCUGUGUAGACUGGUCUCGCCGGAGAUUGAAUUCGGGCCUUUCCCUCAGAAAACCUACGGGCAACUUUGUCCUAUCCCUCGGUUAGUUAAGUCAGACGUACGCUGCUUAUCUUGCACUUUAACCAGUCCCUCCCCCGUUAGUUUCGUCGAUAUGGGCAAGUUGUUAGGAUGUGCGUUGUUAACAACGAGCCCUGACAUUAGUUUCACAAGAAAUUGGUUGAUGGACCUAAACUAUGCGUCUUACUGUGAUAACAUUAUCAGUUGCAAGCCAUACUGCUGGGAAAUAGGUGUUUAACCCUUAAAGCAUUAACAGUGACCAAAAAAUAAGUUCUCCUUACAGUAAUACUGCCCAAUCAAACAAAGGCCACGAGAAAAAGGAAAUAAUGAAAGGGUAAAGAAGGUCGUGAUAGCUGAACAAAUUCUCCUUACCUGUACCAUAGGAAAGGUAUGGAGAUUUCUUUAGAGAAUAUGCAUGUUGAUAUAAAAAUGUUUCCCUGUUUUUUCGUGUCUAGGCACAGAGACUGUGUAAAACACAUUGCUAUUAAUCGAGGACCCAACGGUGGCUUUGGAUUUGCGGCAAAUUAUACCACUCACGUGACAUUAGAAGACCUUGUGCGUCACUACAACACAACAUCUUUACAAAUUCACAAUAGUGAACUCGAUACUACCCUGAUGUACCCAGUUGGGGACCUUAACUAGUCUCUAUUAAGGAUAGGUACUU